AUGAUCCACCGCGAAGUAGCCGAUGGUCUAGAGCGUCUUUGGAACCAUGUGGCAGACCAGGUUGAUAAGAGGUACUUGAUUAGAUGCAGUUAUAUUGAAAUCUACAAUGAAAAGAUCAAUGACCUCCUGGAUAAGAGCAAUCAGGGUUUAACUAUAAGAGAAGAUAUCAAAGGAAAUGUGCUGCUUGAUGCAAGGGAAGCUGUCGUAGACAAUGUUGAUAAAGUUAUGGAGAACAUGAUGCAGGGCAAUAAGAUCAGACGAGUUGCAGCUACUCGCAUGAAUGAGAGGUCAUCUCGAUCACACACGAUUUUCCGGAUUAUUCUGGAGUCGAAAGAUGCCAAUCAGAAAGAUGGACCUGUACAUAUAAGCUACCUUAACUUAAUGGACUUAGCUGGUUCUGAGAGAGUUUCUCUGACGAAAGCUGCUGGUGAGCGUCUUAAAGAGGGGGCUAACAUAAACAAAUCUUUGUCAGUAUUAGGAAAUGUGAUAAGGCAACUAAGCGAGGGGAAGGAGUUUAUCAGUUAUCGCGAUUCGAAAUUGACUAGACUGCUCUCACAGGCUCUUGGCGGUAAUGCCAAAUCAUUGAUUAUCGGGAAUGUUACUUUAGCUGCAGAGGAGGAGACUAGAUCUACAACCAGAAUUCGCCCAAAGCACUAA